GCAUCGGCGAGUCGCACUCCACCCCGAGACCGGGACCCGACUGGACGCGCAACCUGCUGAGUAUGAGGGAAGGUGGUGUCGGUCCGGGUAUGCUGCCUCCCAGGACCUCCUCGUCCUCCAUCAGCCUGCUGUCGGUGCUCCGUCAGCAGGACGGCUCCUCCCACUCCCCCGUCUACACCUCUGCCUCUGAAGGACGGGGUUUCCCCCAACAAGGGGAGCCGCCCGGGAGCCGGGACACCGCCGGCACGAGCAGCGGGCAUCACCCGUUCUGGGACGGCUCUCGCGGCAACACGGCCUCGUUCCGCAACGUGCUGCAGUGCAACCUGAGCCGCUACUUCAUGGAGUUCGACCGCAUGCAGGACCUGGAGCCGCCACUAGGGGGCGGCGGCGGCAUGGCGGACGGGAGUCAAGAGCAGAACCAAGAGCUGUUGAAUAAUAACAUGGACCCAGAUAGACCUGGGCCUUCCUCAUCAACCUCCACCUCCUCCCCUACUAUCAUCCACUACCAGCCUCCUCUCCCACCUCCUCCUGCCCCACACAACCUGGAGAACAAUGUUCCUCCCCCGGCCUCCCGGGGACACCUGAACCGCUGCCGGGCCUGCCACAACCUGCUGACCUUCAACCAUGACUCUCAGCGCUGGGAGCGAACCAACCAGGCCUCCUCCACCUCUGCCUCCACUCUGGAGCCCUCCUCCUCUUCUUCUUCUUCCUCCGCUUUUCCUUCAUCUUCUUCUUCCCCUUGGCAGCCCGAGGAGAGCAGGAGGACACUAGAAACCCCGGAGAGUAGGGUGCCGCCAGAGCCCAGCGAGCAGCCUCCUCCCCCUGGUGGUGGUGGAGGAACUGUGGCCUUCCCGAUAGCCCCGACCCCCACCCAGACUGGAGAGCAGACCGUGGGCUUGGUGUACAACCAGGACACAGCGCAGUGGGAGAGGGUGUACCGGCAGGCCGCUGCCGGCAGAUCGGCGGAGCCACCAGACGCCUUAAGCCAAGAAAUGCCUGUUGACCCCCCCGAUGAGGACUCUCUGAGGAGGCGACUGUUGGAAUCAUCUCUGUUAUCAUUGUCUCGCUACGACAUGUCGGGGUCAAGAGACCACCCUAUUUACCCUGAUCCAGCCAGGUACACUUCAUUUACCCUGAUCCAGCCAGGUACACUUCAUUUACCCUGAUCUAGCCAAGUACACUUCAUUUACCCUGAUCCAGACAGGUACACUUCACUUACCCUGAU